AUGUCGGGCACGGCGGCGGACAUCUCGCUGGUGCACUGGAGGCAGCAGUGGCUGGAGAACGGCACUCUCUACUUCCACGUCUCCAUGAGCAGCUCCGGGCAGCUGGCCCGGGCCACCGCCCCCACACUCCAGGAGCCCUCGGAGAUUGUGGAGGAGCAGAUGCACAUUCUCCACAUUUCAGUGAUGUCCGCAGGUGUUUUUGGAGAGUCUACCACGGAGCAGAUCUUUGCUUUCGGUCUUUGUUUUCCUGUUUCAACUAACAGUGCGCAUUAGACAUUCGGAUUGGGGCUGAGCAAGAGCUUGGAAGUUUUCUGUUUUUGGAAAAACACACGCAAACCCCAGCUAGACAGCAGUGUUAAUUUUGGACCUAACGCGUGCUCUUCACUUGGAGGCACAAAUCAAGGCCUUUGUGUUAUUCAUGGAGUGAAUGUGACAGACUUUGCCCAUGUAUAUAUUUAGCGCAUGAUGCAGCCACAUGUCAAGC